CGCCGCCGCCGUCGUCCACACGACCUCACCGCCGCCUCCUCUCCGCUCUCCGGCCGCCGGUCGCUCCGCCAACCCGACCCUCUCCCCUUCGUGGUGGAGCCAACCUUAACCAUCCUACUCCGCGCGGGGCGAAGGCGUCCGGCGGUUGCAGGAGCCCGAUGGACAGUGGCGGCACUGCCAGUCCUGCCGGCGUCGCCGGCGACGGCGCUGGUGGCCGGGGUUCGGUCUUCCGCGGAGAUGACGCGCCGAAGCUGCUCGCCGCGUUGAAGGAGAUGAAAGAAGGGCUCGACCUCGUCACCGGCAAGGUCAAGGCGCUCACCCGCAAGGUCAAGAAGAACCAGCUGCCGACGGCGGAUGGGAUUGGGUACCUGGAGGCAAAGCACCACCUGCUGCUGAGCUACUGCCAGGACAUCGUCUACUAUCUCCUCCGCAAGGCGAAGGGGCUCUCGGUGGAAGGUCACCCCGUCGUGCGGAGCCUUGUCGAGAUCAGGCUGUUCUUGGAGAAGAUUCGUCCCAUAGACAAGAAGAUGGAGUACCAAAUCCAGAAGCUCACCAACGCCGCGGAUAGCGGAGCUGCCCAGGAGAAGGUGCUAAAUGCAGAAGCAAAGAGUAAGGAUCAGCCUAAGGAUGAUGAAGACCUACUGAAGUAUCGGCCGAACCCUGAUAUGAUGGACUCUAAGAUCGAUCCUGCGGGGCAGGACAACGAUGGCAUCUAUCGUCCACCAAAAUUUAUUGCUGCUACCAUGGAUGAUGAGGAUAAGCGCCAUAAACAAGCUUCAAGGAAAGACAAAACAUUAGCGCGAAUGGCUACAGAAAGCUCUUACUUCAAAGAGAUUAUUGAUGACGCUGCUGAUAGACCUGAAGAGUUAAAGGAAACAGCAGGUGAUGAAAGCAGGGAAUUUACAAGGUAUAUGCGGCAGAGAGAGUUGCAAGAGAAACAAGAAGAGGAGCUGUUCACUCGAGCUCCGCUGACAAAACGUGAUAAGCAGACGGAGAAGUGGAUGAGAAAAGAGCUUCACGGGCUACGGGGCCUAACAGAUGGAUUCGAUCUUGGAAUUAACAUGUUCGUCGAUGGAGACAAGGAUAAUGAUGUCGGUUCAACCGAACCCCAUUUCAAGAGCGGAGGUCGGAGAAAACACCAUAAAGGCAAGAGGAAGAGGCAUUAGUGAACCCACAGAUGGCGUUUCACACAGCAAUGUCACAUUCAAAACCAAAAUUUUGAUCUGUGCGAAUUGAGUAGUAUAAAUGAGUGAUUUUCUUCGGCAUGAGAGCCAUGUUGGUUAGAAUCAGCAGGUUUUGUGCAUCUAUCUGUCAACUUGUUCUUCAGUACGCGGUUAAAAGAUAUUGAUCGUCGAUACUUAAGUCAAUUGGUAAUCUGUCGUUAUGAUUUUGUUUGUAAUCCUGUGACUCAUGAUCAUGCCAAUUGCCAGAUAGUGUUUCCGGAA